AUGGCCGAUAAGUCAUUUGCAAGGGAUGUUCAAUCAAACUAUCAGAUUAUUAGAAGCAGAUAUUUAAAGAGGAAAGAUGCAACUAACGAUCUGAACACAACAAUUGAGACUGGUGAUUUGGAGGGAAUUGAAAAGUGCAGCAAAAGGACUGUCAAGAAUUUGAUUCCAGUAGAUGACUGUAGAGUUUUUUCACAAGUAACCAAGCAACAUAAUGAAGAUUGUAAACGUCUCUUAAGACUAAUGGGUGUGCCUACUAUUGAGGCACCCUGUGAAGCAGAAGCUCAAUGCACAACUCUUUGCAAAAGUGACAAGGUGUUUGCGGUUGCCUCAGAAAACAUGGAUACUUUAACUUUUGGGGUACCAAGGUUUCUCCAUCAUUUAAUGGAUCCUAGUUCCAAAAAAAUCUCUGUGAUGGAAUUUGACGUUUCAAAGGUUCUUGAAGAGCUAAGAUUCACUAUGGAUCAAUUCAUUGAUUUGUGUAUUCUCUCUGGAUGUGAUUAUUGUGAUAACAUUAAAGGUCGGGCAAUUCGUGAGGCUUGA